AAGCUGGAGGAGGCUGAGAAGGCAGCUGAUGAGAGCGAGAGAGGCAUGAAGGUCAUCGAAAACAGGGCCAUGAAAGAUGAGGAGAAGAUGGAGCUCCAGGAAAUGCAGCUGAAGGAAGCAAAGCACAUAGCCGAGGAGGCUGACCGCAAAUACGAGGAGGUUGCCCGCAAGCUGGUCGUCCUUGAGGGAGAGCUGGAGCGCUCAGCGGCGAGGGCAGAGGCGGCAGAGAGGUGA